UCGAUAGGACUUCAUUUGGGCUGGCGUAGACCCCUUAAAUUUGGAUGUAGAUGAUUGCCAGCCGGCGCCUCUUGGUUCGGGCAGUCGAAUUUCUUCGCAGAGGAGGCUCAGCUUCAGAUUCCAGCAUCAGGUGUUGGCUUAGCGUGUGACUGAUUAUUGAACAUCUUCACAUUGUACUUUUCCGAUUGCUGUCGGAAAUUCCACCAAGACCCGUCAUUAUUUUCUUCAGUGUGAUAUCUGUCUCCGGCUCGCCUGGCAUUUGCGGGUAUGUGGAAUCCGCAGGAUUGGAUGUACACUGUGAAUACUACAGUGGCUAUGGCGCCUUCGUUAUCUUCCGUUCAAGCUGGCACGGGCACUAGGAGCUCCGUUGCAUCUACAACCACUUCUCUUGGACGACCUCUGCGCACUCUCCCUUCCCUCCGUUUACCCUCUCUCCGAAUCGGUGUCCUUGCACCAAGUUGUAAAUCCUCGCAUAUUCAUUGGAUAUCAUUAUCUUCAAGCUUCUUGGCCAAUUUUUCAGCAAUUAGAAACAGAGCGUCAAGCAAUGCGAUGUCAAACCUUCUCGUUUUCAGGAGGCACUCCUACUCAAAUAAGAUGAUUUCAAUCAGAUGUGCAAUUUCAUCAGCGCCUAAUGCAAGUGGGGAGUCCAUAUUGCCGCAAGGGGCAACAGAAGUGGACGCAUUUUACAUGAGGAUGUGUGUGGAUCUUGCAAGGCAAGCAGUUGGAAAAACUUCACCCAACCCAAUUGUGGGUUGUGUUAUUGUCAAGGAUGGCAGGAUUGUUGGCCGCGGGUUUCAUCCCAAGGCUGGAGAACCUCAUGCUGAGGUGUUCGCCUUGAGAGAAGCAGGGCCCUUGGCACAGGGUGCAACCGCUUAUGUCAGUCUUGAGCCGUGCAACCACUACGGUCGGACCCCGCCCUGCAGUCAGGCAUUAGUGAAGGCUAAGCUGAAGCGUGUGGUUGUCGGUGUCGUCGAUCCAAACCCUCAAGUUGGAGGAAAGGGCAUCAAGACAUUACGAAAUGCAGGAAUUGAAGUCGUGGUGGGUGUGGAGGAAACGCUUUGUUUGAAAGCAAAUGAAAGCUUUAUGCACCGGAUGGCCACUGGUCGGCCCUUUGUCACCCUUCGGUAUUCCAUGUCAAUGGACGGUGGGUUUUUGGGAAACAUGGGGCUUAGCAAUGCACAAGGAGGCCUAUACAGUAAAUUGUUGCAGGAGAAUGAUGCUGUCGUGAUUACAGAUGCGGCUGUCUUAGAUGAUCCAGAUCUCCUCUCCUCUGAGCCAGGCGCCAAGCAACCUCUGCGCGUGAUCCUUGCCAGGUCUCUGGAUCUGCCAGUGGAGUCGAAAGUCUUUGACACAUCGUAUGCCAAGACCCUGGUGCUGGCCGACCAGAAAUCAUGCAUUGACGACAUCCAGAGAAAGAGUGCAGAUGGGAAAUCUAUAGAAGCCAGGUUACGAGCGGGAGGCGUGGAUGUAGUGAUGAUGAACGAUUUAACCUUGGAGAAUGUCUUGAGUGUGUGUUACCAGCUCGGAGCCACCUCGGUUCUACUAGAUUCUAGGGGUCCUGUAUCUUCAGGCCUGGAGAACUUCCUGGGACAGCAAGCCCUGGAUGAAGAGGCGGCUCAAAAAGUGGUUGUGCAGGUAGCGCCUAUAUUUCUUGGAGAGAACAGAACUGAACCAUGCUUCCGCAUGGACAGUGAUCUAGUCAAAUUAGAGAGAGUGUCCAGUCACAUGGUAGGCCAGGAUGUUGUUAUUGAAGGUUAUUUUCCUGAACGUUCUUAAAGGAUCUUCCCAGGCGCCCCUUGGUACAUGUAACA